AUGAACGACGCCAGCGCAGAGGAAAGUUGCACGCGGCUAUCGCCGAUCCACUUGGAAGCCUGGAUCAAGAAGAACAGAGACCUGUUGCGACCGCCGGUGGGCAACGUCGUCCUGGCAGAUGGUGGAUUUCUCGUAAUGCUCGUCGGUGGUCCCAACGUCCGAACCGACUACCAUAUUGAGAACUAUGAAGAAAUCUUUUACCAGAUUGAGGGCGAUAUUUCAUUAAAAAUCGUUGACGAACACCAGAGUCCUCCCGCGUUCAAGGAGGUGCGUAUCAGAGAGGGCGAGCUCUUUGUACUUCCAGCAAGGGUCCCGCAUUCUCCGCAGCGACCAGCUGGGACUGUCGGCCUGGUCAUCGAGCGAAAGCGAGCCGCCGACGACCUCGAUAUCCUGCGAUGGUACUGCCAGUCCUGUAGUGCGGUUCUCCACUCGAGCGAGUUUCACUGCAAGGAUAUCGGAAAGGAUCUCGUCCCCAUUAUUCGAGAAUAUUUCGCUGAUCGUUGUCUACGCACCUGCCGUCAUUGUGGUUGGAUCGAGCCUGCGCCCACAGAGCAGCGAUAG